GUGGAGUACAACUCCGGAAGUUCUGUGUUUACAGCGGCUAGCUUCACAGCAGGCAGACACAGCUACUCUGGAGAGGAAUGCGGCACUUGUAAGCCCCACAAUUAAAACUCAAAGCAACACCCCCAUCAUCAUUCUGGUCAGCUCACCAUGGCUGGCUUCAGGCAAGAGGAUGUUGAGCUGUAUUAUGAGAUGGGAGAGGAGCUGGGCAGCGGACAGUUUGCUAUCGUCCGUAAGUGUAAGGAGAAGAGCACGAGCAUCGAGUACGCGGCCAAGUUCAUCAAGAAGCGGAGGCUGUCGUCCAGUCGUCGGGGGGUGAGCCGCGAGGAGAUCGAGCGAGAGGUCAACAUCCUGCGGGAGAUCCAGCACAGCAACAUCAUCACCCUGCACGACAUCUUUGAAAACAAGACCGACGUGAUCCUGAUCCUGGAGCUGGUGUCCGGAGGAGAGCUGUUUGACUUUCUGGCCGAGAAGGAAUCUCUGACCGAGGAGGAGGCCACACAGUUUCUCAAACAGAUCCUGGACGGCGUUCAGUAUCUGCACUCCAAACGCAUCGCUCACUUUGACCUCAAGCCUGAGAAUAUCAUGCUGCUGGACAAGAACGUCCCCAACCCCAGGAUCAAGCUGAUCGAUUUUGGGAUCGCUCAUCAGAUUAAAGCAGGAAACGAGUUCAAGAACAUCUUCGGAACGCCGGAGUUUGUCGCGCCAGAAAUAGUUAACUACGAGCCACUUGGACUGGAGGCGGACAUGUGGAGCAUCGGCGUAAUCACAUACAUUCUGUUGAGCGGUGCUUCUCCGUUUCUGGGCGAGACCAAGCAGGAGACCCUGACUAACAUCUCAGCUGUCAACUAUGAUUUCGAUGAAGAGUAUUUCAGCAACACCAGUGAGCUCGCCAAGGACUUCAUACGACGUCUGUUGGUCAAGGAUCCAAAGAAGAGAAUGACAAUUGAUGACAGUCUUGAACACCCCUGGAUUAAGGUCAUUAAGAGGAGGAACGUGCGCCAGGAAGACAGAGACCACAAGCCUGAGCGCCGGCGCCUGAAGACCACUCGUCUGAAGGAGUACACAAUCAAGUCCCACUCCAGCAUGCCACCCAACAACACCUACGUCAACUUCGAACGCUUCUCUCAGGUGCUCGAGGAGAUCGCGGCGGCAGAGGAAGGCCUGAAGGAUCUGGAGCGCAACCAGCGCUCGUGCCGGGAAGACGUAGCGGCUCUGCUGUCCAUAUACGAAGAGAAGGAGGGCUGGUACAAAGAGGAGAACCAAAGCAUCUCCAGCGACCUGAGCCACAUCCGCCAAGACCUGCAGCGCACCCAAACCCAGCGCAAGAAGAGCCAGGAGGAAGCCCGGCUCACCAUGCAGGCCGCCAACAUCCUCAAGCGCAAGUUCGGGCGCCUGGAGAACCGCUACGAGGUGCUGGCUGAGCAGGUGGCGUCCGAGGUCCGCUGGGUGGAGGAGCUGGUCAAGUCCAUAUCUGCAGAGAAGGGCGGCCUCAGCUCUGGCAGCAUGCCCUGAGCCGAGCUGACCUCCCAACAAAAACAUUUUCAUUCUCAAGUACCCUCCUGCCCGUCUUCUCCGCGUGUGUGUGGAGUUUACGUGGGUCAGUUGUCAUCAUAAGCUACGCUGCUGCCCGUCGGGGAAAAAUGUUCCACCUUUUUUUUAAUGUCACGCUUAAGAGAACCAGCAAGAAGCAGAGAGGCAAUAUAUUGAACCCAUUCCCCCAUGAAAAGGCUCAUUCUGUGUUUUUUUUUUUAAAUUAAUUUAUAAUUUUCAACAUUUUAUGUACUGUAAUUUGACAUUUUUCAUACAUACCAGUGAACAAAAUUCUUUUUAAACCAUAUUGGCAGCAUUUAUUUCUUUUAGCCUGAUUUUUUUUUUUCCUGCAAAAUAAUGAUUUUCCUUUAUGCUGUAAAAGCCAUAGACGUCUCCUCAUAUGCUCAUGCCUCAGGUUAAUCGGCCAGUUACGUGUGAAAGCUUCACGAUAUCCAGUUUAAAGUGUCAGGUUUGCACAGAAUUCAGGGGUAUUUAUGUGUUUUGGUUACAUAUAUUUCAGAUUUGAUUGCAGCUGACAUUUAAAAAAAAAAAUCUCUGGAUGCAAUAAACAUAAACCUACAGUGUAGAAGAAAGAUUUAGGAUUGUAUAAACUCAUCUUUGCAGUGCCUGUAAAACUGAUCCGACCUUAUUGCCUCUGCGAACACUCACCUGUCAUCGAGUUAAUGACAUUUCUAUCACAUUGAUAUUGCUCAAUGUCUUAAACCUUUGCACAGUAGCCUUGUUAACCAAAUAGUGUGCAUGGAAACUUCCUCUAUAUGCUGUAAAUCUGUUAGUGUUUCUGUUUUCACUCCCAUCUUUGCACACUUGAAACAUUCCAUCGAUACGUUUUUACAUCCAGACGACACAUUCCCCAUUUAUAGCAUAGACGGUAUAUUCUCUAGUAUUUUUCAGUAGAAAAAUGUACUCGUUUGCACUUAAAUGAUUAUAGCAGUGUUCCAAAAAUAUAUUUUAAUCAGUCUCUUAGGCGUAAGCAAGAACUGUCUCCACUGGUUUCAAAUAAAGUUACGACUGUAA